AUGAUUUCACGCUGCCCACAAGGUCAUCGCACUCCUUAUGUAUCGAGGAAAUUACACUAUGGUCCAGAGCGACAUUUGAAUAACAACGAUAGUUGUAUUGCCAUUGGUCAAAAAGAUUCAACAACAGCAAAUGCGUCCACAACAACACACUCACCUAACUUAAGUAAAUGCACACAAGACAAGGGAUCCAGCCAGUUUAGCACAACGGCCGAGUGCCACGAUUCAAUUUCAAUGCAGUUUCAGAUAGAACAAGAAGAAGGUUAUUAUGAAGAACUUGAUUAUAGUAUUGAUUGGUCGACCCAUCGUAAUGACUAG